AUGGCUAACUUGCUUCCCUUCCGGGACAUCAACGUCCACGCCUCCACCAGCCAUUACGCUUUCACCUCGCCCUCCAACUCCUCUGCACCAACUCUGGUGGUCGAGAGACCGUCGGGGGAUAUCCGACUGAACGAUGGGUCUCUCCUGGGGGCAAAACGGGUGUCGAGUAUCGCCGGGAUCUUGGGCAUCAUCAAACUGAAGCUGGACAAGUACAUCAUUGUCAUCACCAAAGCACAGCCCAUGGGCAGACUGCGUGGCCACAUGAUCUACAAAGUCGUCGCUACCGAGUUCCUCCCCCUGCGCGAGCGGCCCGUCCGCGACCCCGACGAAGACACGUACCUCUCUUACCUCAAGGCAUUACUUACCUCGAGCCCGAUGUAUUUCUCCUACUCGAUUGACAUAACCUCCAGCUUCCAGCGCCAGUCCGAGUCGGACCACUCCCAGCCAAUGUGGAAGAGAGCAGAUGAUCGCUUCUUUUGGAACAGGUUCGUCCAGACAGACCUGAUCGACUUCAGGCUAGGAGGGCUGCGGGGACAACAACAACCUGGCGCGGAUCCAUACAUUCUCCCGGUCAUGCAUGGCAUGUUGCGUAUCACGCCGGCCAAGGUCAAGAACACUCCGUUCACUUUCGCCCUUAUCACCAGAAGGUCUAGAUUUCGCGGUGGGACAAGAUAUUUCUCUCGGGGGGUUGACGAUGAAGGCCACGUGGCGAACUUCAACGAGACAGAGCAGGUUGCUCUGCUCAACGACGCCUCAGGCCCGACUGGCUACGCGGGCGGACAAGGCAUGCAGAAUGGAAAUGCCGGAAGCCAGUCUACAGAGACCCAAGUCAUGUCAUACAUCCAGACGCGCGGUAGUGUCCCUGUCUUCUGGGCAGAGAUCAACGACCUUCGCUACACCCCCAAGCUGCAAAUCCGGGGUGUGGAGUCCGCGGUCGAUGCCGCACGGAAGCACUUUGACGAGCAGAUCAGAAUCUAUGGCGAGAACUACUUGGUUAACCUGGUCAAUCAGCGCGGCAGGGAGGAACGAGUGAAGAAGGCUUAUGAACAGAUGGUCCGAAUCCUCGUCAGCUCUCCGCAAGAGUCGGUCGAAGCCGGUGCACGGACGGACGAAAAAUUCCGAGAUAUUGAACCGCAGAACAGCCGCCAGAGAAUGGACAAACUACACUAUAUCUACUUCGAUUUUCACAGUGAGACCAAAGGGUACAAAUGGCACCGGGCCGAACUCUUGCUGGAUGAGCUGAUAGAUGGCCUGAGGAAAGGGCAGUAUUUCCGGGGCGUCGAAAUGCCCGGUGACCCAUCUGGAGUCCUGGAGGUUCGAUGUCGGCAGACCGCAGUGGUGCGCACCAAUUGCAUGGACUGCCUAGAUCGGACAAACGUGGUCCAGAGCAUGUUGGGUAGAUGGGCCUUGACUCAACAGUUCCAAGACGCCGGCAUCCUGCAACCCGGCGAGAGGGCUCAAGACGACAGAGCAUUCGAGUUUCUGUUCCGCAACGUAUGGGCCGACAACGCAGAUGUGGUUUCGAACUCGUACUCGGGUACCGGCGCGUUGAAGACGGACUUUACGCGUACUGGAAAACGCACGAGAGCUGGGGCGGUACAGGAUUUCAACAACUCCGCCACCCGGUAUAUCCGCAACAACUUUCUGGAUGGCCCGCGGCAGGACGGCUUCGAUCUCUUUCUGGGCUCCUAUUUGCCGUCCACCUAUGGUGUUGGAUCUUCUCUGAUGUUUGCGGACCGAAGGCCGCUCAUCAUUCAAGCUGUGCCAUAUGUGUUGGCCGCGUCUUUGUUUAUUGUGUUUGUGUCACUUCUCACUCGGCGGCCGCCGGACUCAGCAAUCUGGCCCCUGCGUAUCUUUGUUAUUUUGUGUUUGGUUGUGGCCGGGUGGGCGUUCCAGUUCAUUUAUGCACAUGGACUGUUGUAUGUCAAUUGGCCGAAACUCAACACCCCAGCGUUCGCGAGUGAAGGGUAUUCGGAGGCCCUAUCCCGGGCUCACAAGGACAAAGUCGUGGGGCCGAUCAUCGCGUCGGCAAGCGGCAAGGAUCGGAGAAUGAGGAACAUUAGCACGGCAAAUAUGGGAUAUAUGGAAGAGGGCAAGAAGAGGAUAGAAUAA